AUGGCAGAAUCCCGGGAAAGAACACCCAUGCUCUACGUGCCCGACUUGAACAACUUGAGCAAACUUUACAAGCACACAAUAUUGAGCUUCCACCUCAGGCGCCUGCUGAACAUGCACAAAAUCGCGGUCAGGAUCAUGCGCGAAGGCAUUCGGCACGAAGCAUCUCAUCCGGCCGCAGCAGUGAGACUUCGCCGCAUGCAGAUGAUCCCAUGGAUCAUGGACUCAGCUCCGCCUUUCGACAUCUCAAAUCAAUGCACAGCAAGCAGCCAUGUCCAAACCCAGGUUGCUGAGCCUAUCGAGAUACCUUCAGAGGGCCAAAGCAACCUACGAGACUUCGAAAAAUAUACAAAUUUUGACGAUGCCGUGCCCCUUGGCACGAACUCGUCACCUAGUCCUAGAUUGACCAAUUACGCGGGAAACAUCCAGGCAGAGCACACUGAUCCAGAUAACAUGACGAGCUCUCUUUCUGCGCGAAUGGGCUCACUGCAAAUCGCUGAGGAUGGCCAACUUCGCUAUUAUGGGCCGACCUCGAAUCUCCACCUUUAUCACGCUGGUCUUCAUUCCUUAUCACGAUCUACAAUUCGACAUGUUGCCACAGAGGGAUCGCAGGUUUUGGCCCGAGCCGGUAUAGAUCAACCCGUCGCUUCGGAUGUUGAACGCCACCUAGCGGAUCUAUACUUCUCAUGGGAGGAUCCAGCAAUACAUGUGGUGGACGAAGAAAUACUUUUCCUGGAAAAGCAGAAAUGGAAAUCCGGACAAACAAACACACCUUAUUACUCCGAGACGCUAAACAAUGCCAUCUGUGCAAUUGGCGCCAGUCUUGCCAGCAGCAGGAUGGAAAGUGGCCAUUUUCCAAAUCCCGAAUUCUUUUCAUCACGAGCGAAGGCCCUGCUUGAUAUCGAGAUGGACAGUCCGAGCGUGGCAACUGUGCAGGCACUGGUUAUAAUGAGUGCCACUGAAGCAGCCUUCACUCGGGACGCUCGGGGUUGGCUGUAUAGCGGCAUGGCUGUACGGCUUAGUGCUGAUCUCGGGUUGCAUCUCGAUGUGACAGAAGAGUACCGCAAUGGGAUGCUCAGUCAAAGGGACUUUGAUGUUCGAAGGACCACCUUUUGGGGAGUUUUCAUCCACGACAACAUGUGGAGUAUGUAUGUGGGACGGCCAUGGGGCAUCAGCAUACGCGAUAUCUCUGUGUCACGGCCCAUGAAGGAACUUGACGAUAUCAGACGCAAAGUUUGGAAGGCAUAUCCUGCAAUCAACAGCCAACCUCAAAUUCCCGAAGGAGGCUUCCAGGAUCCGUUGGAAUCCUGUACAGACGCCAACAUCAGUCUGUGCGAGUUCAUGAGACGGAUUAAUAGGACCUUUAUGCAAUUUUACGCCGUGGUCAUAUUCUUAUUGCGGCCCUACUUUUCUCGAGACCUUCUGCGUCUCACCCAGGCAAUGCCGUCACAGGAAGACCGCCUAGCGGUGGCUUCUGUGCGUUCCGAGUGCAUUUCAGCGGCACACAACAUGGCCGAGGUCUUGAGAUGCUAUCGGGAGCAGUAUUCACUCAAGUACACAAACGUCCAGAUCGUACAUCUCAUCUUCACGGCGUCAUUGGUCCACGUCUACAACGCAUGCACAUGCAGUCCUCAGGAGUCACAAGCAGCGACCGAAGAUCUGCAGUUCUGCUGCCAAUCACUCGGUGAGAUUGGCGCCUACUAUGGAAAUGCCACCCGAGCUUUGGACGUCGUCAUAUUCGUGAAACGAGAGUGGCAGAAGCUCGCAGCCGUCCGCACCGCAGCAAGUAGCCAGAAGAGGGCAAGGAUGUCAGGGCAAGGGCCGGGAGACCACGAAGAAGAGAUUAGCUCGAGGCUGAACAAGAGAAGGGAGUCAUUGUCGAUUUUCGACCCUUCCGACCCACCCCGCUUCACCACUCCAACCACUUUCGAGACAUUCAGGACACCAGCAGACAACAACCCAUCAUUAGGCAAUUUCCGGAGAGAGGGCGGGGACAUGUACGACGCUUGGCAUUUCCUCAACUGGGCGGAGAUAGACCCCGAUCUGUUGAACGGGGUAGACCCGACUGCACAGGCGUUGAAUAGUGCGAUUCCUGGCAUACUCGAUGGAGAGGACAGUGGCUCAUUCUCGAUCACCUAA